UUUUUAUAGUUUUUCCCUCGCGUUAUCAAACUCUGGGACCAUUUCGAUUUUGUCUUGAAAUCGCUCGGGUUUGGAGCUAUGUGGAUAAGUGCUGUGUCAAGAUGUUUAAUCAUACUGAUUCACUUCGAAAUAACAACAAUCGCAGCUAAUGAAGCUUCAGAUUGGCAAUAUUUUAAAUUAAAAGGACGACGAUUUAUCCAAAUGAGAGAUAGAGUUAUUAGACUUAAACCUCAUAAUGCAAUUAUAUUGGGCUCUAUGUACGAUACACCCAAAAUAGAGACCGAGUCUCACCUGGACAAAGAUGUGACUGGCUACGAUUUUACUGAUCAAGAAAUAGAAAAACUGAAACUGUGGCCAAGAGGAAUAAUUCCUUUCUAUAUUGAUACAGUUUCAUACGAUAAAGUAUUCCGUGAUAAAAUCAGAGUUUUCUUAGAGAAAGUCAAUGGUUUGGCAAGUUUGCAAUUCUUGGAACUGCAUAGCCCACCGGCUGAUGAUGAAACUCGAUUUAUAAUGUUCAUGAAUAGAGCAGAAAGAAACGACGCACUAGAUUACUCACCAUCGUAUUUCAGCACUAGAGGACCUCAGAGAGUGAGACUGCAAUACGACUGCUUCACAAAUGGCGACAUAUAUGCAGCUAUAUUGGCUGUGGUCGGUGUCCCUCCUCAACACUGUGCCCCCAACCGUGAUAAUCAUAUCCAAAUCAAGGAAGAAAAUAUUCUGCCGGAAAAACUGUCUGCAUUCAAAAAAAUUAACGAUGACGAAUGGCUAUUUCAUGAUAUUAUGUACGACUUUAUGAGUGCUGGUCAUUUUGAUUCCCAUAAGUAUACCAAAAACGGUCUAGCGACUGUAGAAGCUAAGGUUAAGGAUGCUGAGCUUAUUCCGCAUACUAAAAAUGAGUUCAGUCCUAAGGAUAUUUUAAAAAUGCGAUAUCUUUACAAUUAUAUAGGAAAUACUGAAGCGCCGGUCAGACAAUUAGAUUGCAAUAGAAUGUUUAAACCUGGAUCUAAAUUCAACAGUUUUGCACCAUCAAAAGGGAAGUUGAAAAGAUCACCACGUGUUAAGCCUAAUAGAUAUUUAGGAUUACCCGAUGAGAAACCUUCAUUUACAGAACGUGAAGAAAAUGGCGUAAAAGAAGAUAAUGAUAAAAACGAAGAAAGUUCUAUUGAUAAAUCUUCCGAUGUAAAAAAAGGAGACGAGAUGCACCCUGAGAAAAUUCCACUGGAUGAUGAUGAUGAAUCUAUGCCAUAAAAAAAUGUGGAACACUUUUUUACGGUACACACAAAAUAAAAAUAAAAAUAUAUUUGAUACAACGAUGUCAGCACACGGAACAAUAAAAAAUGUACUGAAUUAUCAUAUUCAUGUACAGGUCUACUUUUAAAAAUGUUUAAAAUAAAUUGACCAAGAACGAA